AUGGAGGUGCACACGCUCGCCGCCACCGGUCGCUCGGACACAUCUGACGACGUGAUCCAGUCGAAGUCCUCGCCACCUUCCACCCCUGGCGCUCACGAUGCUGCUCACCAGCUCACCGCUACAACCUCCGCCGGCGAGAUCAAGAAGCCGCGCUCCAACAACUCGAUCCUGCUCAUCCUCGCUGCCGGCUGUGCCCUCCUUUCCGAUGGCUACCAGAAUUCUUUGAUGACCAUGACCAACGUCGUCUUUCGCACCCGCUACGGCACCAAAGUCUACGACGCAGCGACCCAGACCCGCAUCUCCAACGCCUCUCUCGUCGGUGCUAUCAUCGGUCAGAUUGCCGUUGGACUCAUCUGCGAUCGUGUUGGACGCAAAGCCGGCGUGACCCUCACAACGACCCUGCUUGUGCUCGGCGCGAUCUUCGCCACGGCCGCCUACCCCGUCGACAACAAGCCAGCCAACAUGUUCUGGUGGCUCACCGUUGCGCGCGGCUGCGUCGGUGUUGGUGUCGGUGGUGAGUACCCCGCAUCUUCCACAUCCGCCUCCGAAGCCGCUAAUGAGCGACUCGGCGCCAAGCACCGCAGCCAAGUCUUCAUCCUCGUCACCAACCUCGUCCUGGGUCUCGGCACCCUCGUCUCGCUCGGCUUCUUCAUGGUCGUCCUCCGUAUCACCGGCUACCACGACACCAAGGACGCGGCUGGCUUCCGCGACCUCGGCAUCAUCUGGCGCACCGUCUUCGGCUUCGGCGCCCUCUUCCCCCUCAUCAUCUUCUAUUUCCGCAUGAUGGUGCUCAACUCGUCGCUGUACCGCAAGACGGCGAUGCGUAAGAAGGUGCCCUACAAGCUGGCAUUGAGGCGGUACUGGAAGAGACUUUUGGGUACAGCGGGUGUUUGGUUCAUCUACGACUUUGUCGUCUUCCCUCUCGGCGUGUUUAGCGGUACCAUCAUCAGCACCGUCCUGCACAACCCGAGUCUGAUCCGGGUCGCGGAGUGGCAGUUCUUCCUCUCCUUUCUCGGCCUGCCAGGCACGUUCAUUGGCGUUUGGGCCCUUCCUUAUUUGGGUAGCAGGAAGUGCUUCAUGAUCGGUCUCGGCGGUUUCCUCGUCCUCGGCCUUAUCAUUGGCUGCGCAUACGAGCAGGUCAGCUCCAACGUCGCCGCCAUCGUCAUCCUCUUCGGUCUGCUUGCUUCAUCAGGAAAUUUCGGCCCAGGCAAUAUGUGUGGCCUUACAAGCUCAGAGGUCUACCCGUCCGCCCUGCGCGGCACGUUCUACGGCAUCUCCGCAGCUGUCGGCAAGACGGGCGCUGCAAUCGGCACGCAAGCCUUUACGCCAAUCCAAACGCACCUCGGCAAGAAGUGGGUCUUCAUCAUCUCGGCCCUCUUGGGACUGACUGGUAUCGCAUUGGUCUACUUCUGCAUCCCAGAGACGACCAAGUUCGAUCUCGCCGAAGAGGACAGGGCGUGGUUGCAGCACCUCGUGGACAACGGAUGGGAGGGCGAGAUCGGCGAUGGAAGCGAAGGCGUGACGGGCGCCAAGGAGGCGCUUGGUAGGGUCAAGAACAGCGAUGCGGACGAUAUUUCGACCGACGACGAGGAGAGCGCGCUCAGUGAGAAGGCUUCUCGUUAG